CACUGUAGUCCCCGUACGUUUGCCCUCAAAUACUGAUAGCUUCUUUUUCCGGUGUUAUGGUAUUACCGUGGGUACAAGCUCGGUCAACCUGCUAAUUUUUUUCGUAUCAUACGCGGAAGGUGACUGAAGAUGAACCGUCGCUCGGAGCGUCCGCCCGGCUCGGAGCCGCCCGUGGAGCUGGAGAGCCAGUUCGUCCUGCGCCUGCCAGCGGCGCCGGCUCAGAGCCUGCGGCACGCCAUCCGCGAGGGCAUGACCACCAUCAAGGACCGGCUCUUCAUCAGCAUGGAGUCGGACAUGCGGCGCGGCACAGUGCGCUUCGACAACUGGUACCUGCCGGCCAAGAUUGUGGACCUGCCUACCAUCACGGAGUCCUACAAGACUAUCGACGGAAAGAAUUUCUACAAAACUGCCGACAUUUGCCAGAUGAUGCUCUGUAAGGAGGACGAGGACGCCUCGGACGACGAGUCGCCGAACAAGAAGCGACGCGACCCGAGCAAGGUGGAGAAGAGGUACCUCUACCCGCACGGACUCACACCGCCGCUCAAGAACGUCCGGAAACGACGCUUCAGGCGCACGCUGAAGAAAAAGUUUGUGGAGGUUCCGGAGAUUGAGAAGGAGGUGAAGCGGCUGCUGCGGAUGGAUAACGAGGCUGUUAAUGUGCGCCACGAGGUGGUCGACGAGGAGAAGAAGCAGCUCAAGGACGAGUCGGGCCUGCCGACCGUGGCCAGCAUCAAGGAGGAGCUCGGCGAGCACGACAUUUUCGGCGAGGAGCUGAGCGACAGUGACGAGGAGGCCGACCGCAGUCUGAACCGGAUGGACGACCCGGAGGACUCGGCCAUGUCCAACUCCAAGUUCUCCGUCGGCGACUCCAACAUGUCCAACACGAUGGACACCACCGGCGACGUUCAGGUGAAGACAGAGUUCGACAGCAGCAUGUUUCCGCACGCCGAGUCGCCGGCCAAGUCCACACCGUCGCCUUCCGGCAUAUCCAUCAAACGCGAAUACCCCGAGUCGCCGUCGGAGGUGGAGGAGCAGCUGCAGCAGCUGCAGCGCCGCAUCUCGGACGUACAGGCGCAGCGCGAGGCGCAGCAGGCCGAGAUGGCCAGCAUCGAUAACCAGGCGCUGCGCGAGCGCUUCCGCGCCAUGGUGGACGACCUGGCCAACAUGGAGGCCGACUACCGGCGGCAGUACGAGGAGCUGCAGGGACAGCGCACGUAGUGCGGGUGCAGGUGCAGUGUGCCGUGCGCCGGGCCGGGCCAUUCAGCUCUCGACAGACCGGGUCAGUUCAGCAGACCGCGUCACCGGAUAGUCCAACAGACCGGGUCAGUCCAAUAUACCGGUCACUUCAGCGCUGUGGGCGAUAUCCCGACAGGUCACCGCAGUCCAAUCAGCCAGGUGUCCAUCAGACACUGGGUUUUGUGGUAGAACAGACACCGGGGCCCUUUAGACACUAGCCACGGUCUAAGGGCCCAUGCCUUACACCGACUACGGUCCAGGGGCUCCUGUCUUACACUGUCCACGGGUCUGGGGCACGUGCCUACCUCUGACCACGGUCCAGGGGCACGUGCCUAAGGCACCUGACCACGGUCCGUAUUCGAUCCCUGCGUCACGAUACCUGGCGUCUGAACACUGUCUGUCGCGGCCCGAGUGUGGUGCCCUAUGUGGUAGUGUGGUACCCUCGCCGGCUCCGUGGGCCGGUCGGCAGGGGUCGCUGACGGUUUCAGUAGUCUGUGGUGGCGCACCGUCUGUAGUGAUAAAUGAUCAUAUCACGGCUGGUUCGGCAGCGAUCCGACCCAGGCCCACAUCCCACAUCCCACACUCACAGCGUGGGGUGGGCCCUAGGAUGGGGUGGGCCCUGAAAUAUCUGACUCCGUAGGACAGAGUGGGAUGGUCCCUGGAUCGCUGUAGGAUGUUCAUUUUUCCCUGAGGGUAUGGCGAAAUGGCCUGUGACCUCAGGUCAUAGUGCGAUAUUAGAACGGACAUCUCGACUUCUAUGUUCGCUUCGGACUUCCGACACCAGAAGUAAUGCAAAGUGUGGCAAAUGGAUGUGAAUAGUGAAGGUGUGCUGGAUGUUCCAGAAAUCUUUUGGCUUUUUACCAGUAUAACGCUAUGGGCGCAAUUAAAUGACCACCACAGUCGACACGCCGUCAGCUUCUAACAAACAAACAGAAUAGUGAAUGUGUCGUGCCGUGAACAUUGUGAUGGGAGUACUCUAUUGAAAUGGCUAAAAGUUUUUGUGUUAGCUUAUAAGUUUGUCAUGGUGAAUAUCGUGUCCAGUUUGGUCAAUAAACAAUGGAAUGGUUA